AUGGGGAACCCAAGUCUUGGCCAAGGAACCACAGCCGACGGCAUCAAUUGGGUCGGAUACUUAACAACAGAAUACAAUGCCUCGGUUGUCAUGAACUACAAUCUUGCAGCUUACGGUGCCACCGUCGAUGAUGCGGUCGUGGAUGGCAAGUCAAAAGACCUGGUGUAUCAGGUUACUAGCGAUUUCAACGACUAUUACUGUUUAUCACUGGAACCGAGCCGGGAGUGGAGGCCAGAUACAACUUUGUUCGGAAUCUGGAUAGGAAUCAACGAUGUUCUUCUCAGUUACAUGCGAGAUGAUCCUUUGGAGAUGAUAUCUCGCAUCUUGCAGAGUUACCUCGCUGUCCUAGACCACCUGCAUGAAUGCGGAGCUCGUCACUUCCUACUCCUCAACGUGCCUCCGACUGACAGAACGCCGCAAAUGCGGUGGUUCGAGUACUGGCAACGAGAAAGACACCGCGAGGUUGUCGUCGAAUUCAAUCGCCAGCUGCAGGCUGCGGUCGUAGGAUGGCGCAUGACUCACCGCGAUUCUACCAUGGCCCUCUACGAUUCAUGGUCACUCAUGACCGAGAUCCUCGACAAUCCUCAGAUCUAUGGAUUUGAGGAUGGUGAGUGCAUGGGUCAAGGAUGCGUCUGGUGGGAUGACCUUCAUCCUACCUCGGAGUUUCAUAGGCUGUUAGCUGAUGACCUUGCGACGUAUCUGAGUCAGUCGGGGACGGGUUUCGUGUAG